GUAUGUACAGGUGCUAUCAUGUUAUUUCAACUGCCAAAUUAAACACCUUAAUUAUAAUAACUUCUUUCUCUCAUUCUCAACAUUUCUAUCUUCUUCUGCGUCAAGCCGACUGAUUGUAAUUAUUUUAUUUUCAAUUGUCUCAUUGCAGACAAAUAAUUUAUUUAUUUGUCUGCAAUGGGAAAUGGAAAUUCAAGGAUAAAUUCAACCAAAGAACAAGGAGAAUCAAUACCAAAUAAAAUCCGUUCCACGAUAAUCGAACGAUUUGAAGAUUUUAAAAAGAAUAGGAAUGCUGAACCAACCCUAUCAAAGAAGCAACUAUUGAAAAAUGGCGAAGAAAAGGAUGGUGGCAGUAGUGUUUUUAGGUCUACUUCUCACAAAACUAAUGAAACCGAAGAUUGUAACGUUUCGGUUUCGACAAAAGAGGAAACAAUGGUGCCACUAACGACCACGGAAAAUAUUUCUAGGAUUGUUCCUGUGGAAAACAUCGAAUGCAAAACUAUAGAGAAGGUUAACAUUAAGAAUGAGAUUGAUCAAAGCAAAGAUAAAGAGAUUCGUGUCAAUGUGAAAGACGGGGAAGAGAUCGAAACAAAGGAGGAAAUAAUUGAAAGGAUAUUGAAAGAGGUAAAGAAAGAACAAGAACAAGAAGUGAGUGCAAAAAGUGAAGAGAAUGAUGGUGAUGAUAACGAUGAUGAUGAAGAAACUGAUAUUGGGAGAUAUCUAUGUCCCGGAUCACCGAGUUUCAGAAUUUAUUGCAUUGAAGCCGAUGAUGAAAAGAAAACACAAGAUGAAGAAGACGAAGAAGAACAAGAAGUUAUAAGUCAUCCAGCCACCGCCGUGCUCAAAAAAUCGCGCAGUGAUAACUGCCUAGAAAGCUCUCCCUCAAAGAACAAGAGAAUCAUAAAUAAGGUAAGUCAGAUAGUUGAAAAUGUACCAAGUACAAAGAGAAAAGGGCAUAUGAUGAGGAGAUUUGGGGCAGUAAGAACUCUUCUAAAGGUUAAGUCAUGCUACCACCCAAUUUGUACCUGCACAGGAAAUGACAGAAGAAGCACUCUUAUUUCUGCAAAAGCAACAAAUUGAUUAUAUAUAUAUACAUCAUAUUGUUACUAGGUGUUAGAAUGGAGACAUGUUAUAAUUAUUUUAUUUUCUUGUUGUUUUUUUAGCCUUUUUUGGCUUGUUUAAUUGAUUGAAUUCCUAUUUAAUCUUCAUCUUCUGAUGAGAUCAAUCAGAAUUAGACCAUAAGUCUUUGUUCAUUGUGUUGAAAAAAAUGCCUAGUACAUGUUUCUGGUUCUAGCUUUUAUGUAAUUAUUGUUACACAUUUUUUUGUAAAGUUAGUACACUUGGCAUAGAAG